UAACACAUGAGAACGAAUUGUGUCAAGUUUCUCACCGCUGUCAUCUGAUGAACAUUCAUUGUGCACUGUAUCAGAUUUGUUUUGUAGGCGGUUUGUAAGUAAUUUAAUUAAUUUAUAGUUAAAAGAUAUGGCGGAUACAACGGUAGACGCAACACGCCGUUUAAACGUUAAGAAACAGACCCUGGAUGACGCUUAUGCAGCACCUGCAAAUUUUCUCGAAAUUGACGUGAUUAAUCCAGUCACACACGGUAUCGGCAAGAAACGAUACACUGAUUACGAAGUUCGCAUGAGGACAAAUCUUCCAGUUUUUAAAGUGAAAGAUUCCACUGUAAGAAGAAGAUACAGUGAUUUUGAAUGGUUGAGAAAUGAAUUAGAAAGAGAUAGUAAGAUUGUAGUGCCUCCACUACCAGGAAAAGCUUGGAAACGUCAAAUGCCUUUUCGAGGAGAUGAUGGUAUUUUUGAAGAAGAUUUUAUUGAAGAUCGAAGAAAAGGUUUAGAAGCUUUUGUUAACAAAAUAGCAGGACACCCAUUAGCACAGAAUGAACGAUGUUUACAUAUGUUUCUGCAAGAACCUGUAAUAAACAAGAACUACGUACCUGGAAAAAUACGUAAUACAUAAGUUAUAAUAAGA